AUGAGUGCUUUCUUAUUAGCAGUUGUCGUCAUAGCAACAACAGGAGUGCUUGGAGUUCAAAGUGACUGUAACUUCAGCGAAGAAUGCAAAUAUAGAUAUUGGUGUGACAAGAAGCUACAUAAAUGCCUGCCUAUGGUAGGCAUAGGGAAACCCUGCAGAAAAAAUGAUGAAUGUAUUCAGCUUUCUAAAUGUGUGCCAUUGGGAAAUGGGACAUGUGAGGAGACGUGCAGAGUUGACAAUGACUGCUUACAGCACAGGAAUGGUAGAAACAAGUACUGUACUGCUGGAGGGUUGGGUGGAACACAGAAAGGCAGAUGUGAGAUGAAGCACGAGAGGGGAUAUCGAUGUGGAAGAAGCGCUGAAUGCCAAGGGAAAAUGUUCUGCAGAAAUGGACAAUGCCUGGUGGCAGUGCAAAUUGUUCAAUGCCGUCUGAGCUGCUAUGGACCAAACCUAGAAAGACCUGACCACCUUAGACCAGGACACAUCGUUAAUGUCACCUACCAUUGUGAUUUUGUACGCAGAGGCCAGUUUGGCCAUCAGAAUCUAACAGCUAGAAUCAGAUAUGACAAAAAAGAUUUACUUGGCAAAAUCCAGGGUCUAUCACCAUUAAGCUUCACUGGGUUCCUUACCAAGGUUGCCAAGAAGGGAGAGUUCACUGCCAAUAUUGGAGCUGUAAUGAAACCAUGUGUGAACCUGAAGUCUUCCUGCCAGGCUAACAGACAUUGUUACUUAUAUGCUGGACAAAAGUAGUAACAUCAACUCAGAAUAUUCACUUGAAAGUAUAAUUAACCAUGACUUUCUCUUUGAUUGUACUUUAUGAUAUAUCUGAAUAAAAUCACAUUGCAUUGAACAUA